GCCAGAUUGGGCCCGCCCUCCCUGCCUCCCUCCAGGUGUUUGGGACUCCAACUCCCAGCAUUCCUUUCCCCCUCAGUCCUGUCCUGUGUUAUGUACAUGCAGGGUCUGGGCAUGUCUUCAGAAGAGACCCCCGCGUCGGGGUCGUUCCUGUGCGCCAACCCUGGGAACCCGGUUGCCUCCUGCGGCCUGGACCCCAAGAGCCUGACCACGGGCGGGGGCCCCGUGCUGGGGAAGCCCCACCUCCUGAUGUACCUGAAGACCUCCGAGGACUACGGGGCGGUGCCCCCCACCUCCCCCUUGGCGCCCUGCCGCUUCUGGCCCCGGAGCAACGCCUUCACCGACUACCAGGCCGCCUGCGGGCGCAGCCAGCUCAACGGCAUCAACACCGGGGUCGAGAGGGGCAGGGUCAUCGACCACAAAGAACUCAUCAACGUCCUGUGACCCAAAGGGACUCGACGACCCCCUUGCCCCAAUAAAGCGCCUUCCAAGGUG